AUGUCGGAUAUCAGCGGCGAAACUUCAUUCACGGCAAUGGCGAAAAUCGACGGCGACGGCCUCUCGGCCAACACCAGGCGGUGGAUAUGCCUGAACCAAGUGACGGCUCUUCUGACCGACGGCAAAGUCCAAUUGGAAGAUUUGGUCUCCGAAAUCCAAAGUAAUCGAAACCCUAACACCCCACUCUUCGAUAAUUUCUCGAUGAAAUCCAAACGGUCUCCAAGAAUCAGGAGGAUCCGGCCCGGCCCGGUUCCCGACAAAGAGCCCGCCCACAACCCGACCCGUAUCAAGAUUAAGUUCAAAAAUCCGGCCACCGUCGAGCUUCCCGAGAGCAAAAGGAAAAAGGGCUCCGAAAGCCUCAACACAAAGGGGAAAAUCUCAAAGGCCCGACUCUACCGACACCUGGCCGCGAGCAAUCUCCCGACCCUACCCGAAGACCCGACCCUACCCGAUCCUUUCAAGAAUCAUAUCUUGAAAACCGGCGGCUGUCUCGGCAGUCUGGUGUUUGUGAUCGAGAAGGAGAUUUCGAAUACAGACGCAAGCCCGGGCCAUGCCAGGCUGUCAGUGCCUUACUGCCAGGUCAGAAACGGGUUCCUGACCACUGCUGAGGUGGACAAGUUGAGUUCGGGUGAGGGGGUUGACGUGGACCUCGUGCAGCCGUGCCUGGAAGAACGUAAGAUGAUAUUUAAGAUAUGGUUUUCGACGUACGUGAUCAACAGUGGGUGGAAUGCGGUUUGCAGUCGGGAUGAGUUGACUGCCGAGAAUAUUGUCCGGCUGUGGGCUUUUCGGAGGGAAUCGAACUUGUGUUUUGCAUUGGUUAAGGUUUCUUGA